UAAAUAGAUGCGCUUUUAGAAAGGCUGAAUUUGCACCUACAAAAUAGCUCAGUCUUUGGAUGAUUUUUAUUUGAUGAGGCAGGUGUGCCUGUGAACUUGUGUGACGGCUUUUUACAACAGGGUUUAGAAAAACUUGAAGGACUCUUGGGGACUGAUUGAUCCUUCAACAAACAAGCCAUGGUUGUCCGCAUUCGCCUUGCUCGCCACGGUCGCCGUAAUCUACCUUUCUACAACAUUGUUGUAGCCAAUGCUCGAACAGCUCGUAACAGCAAACCUAUUGAAAAGAUUGGAACAUAUAAUCCAAUUCCUGACAGAGAAGGAAACAAAAUGAUCACUUUAAACUUUGAACGUGCCAAGUAUUGGUUAACAGUAGGAGCACAACCAUCUGAGCCCGUCGAAAAGUUGCUCGUUAAAGCUGAUUUAUUACCCCAAGCACCCAAACCUUGGAUGGAGACAGCAGCCAAGAAAUUUAAGGAUUCAUAGACGAUUAAUACCAACCAACGCUUUUGUAUAGGAGAACAAGUCUGUUUAUUAGAAUAAAUGUACAUUUGUGCUUAAGACUCAACAAUCAUUUUUAAUAAAAAAAAAAAAGAAGUAAUUAUAUGAUGUGU